AUGUUUAAGGUAAAGAAGAGUCCACAGGCCGCCAUGUUUAAGGUAAAGGAGAGUCCACAGGCCGCCAUGUUUAAGGUAAAGGAGAGACCACAGGCCGCCAUGUUUAAGGUAAAGGAGAGUCCACAGGCCGCCAUGUUUAAGGUAAAGGAGGCCGCCAUGUUUAAGGUAAAGGAGAGUCCACAGGCCGCCAUGUUUAAGGUAAAGAAGAGUCCACAGGCCGCCAUGUUUAAGGUAAAGGAGAGACCACAGGCCGCCAUGUUUAAGGUAAAGGAGGCCGCCAUGUUUAAGGUAAAGGAGAGUCCACGGGCCGCCAUGUUUAAGGUAAAGGAGAGUCCACAGGCCGCCAUGUUUAAGGUAAAGGAGGCCGCCAUGUUUAAGGUAAAGAAGAGUCCACAGGCCGCCAUGUUUAAGGUAAAGGAGAGUCCACAGGCCGCCAUGUUUAAGGUAAAGGAGGCCGCCAUGUUUAAGGUAAAGGAGAGUCCACAGGCCGCCAUGUUUAAGGUAAAGGAGAGACCACAGGCCGCCAUGUUUAAGGUAAAGGAGAGUCCACAGGCCGCCAUGUUUAAGGUAAAGGAGAGACCACAGGCCGCCAUGUUUAAGGUAAAGGAGAGACCACAGGCCGCCAUGUUUAAGGUAAAGGAGGCCGCCAUGUUUAAGGUAAAGGAGAGUCCACAGGCCGCCAUGUUUAAGGUAAAGGAGAGUCCACAGGCCGCCAUGUUUAAGGUAAAGAAGAGUCCACAGGCCGCCAUGUUUAAGGUAAAGGAGGCCGCCAUGUUUAAGGUAAAGGAGAGACCACAGGCCGCCAUGUUUAAGGUAAAGGAGAGUCCACAGGCCGCCAUGUUUAAGGUAAAGAAGAGUCCACAGGCCGCCAUGUUUAAGGUAAAGGAGAGACCACAGGCCGCCAUGUUUAAGGUAAAGGAGAGUCCACGGGCCGCCAUGUUUAAGGUAAAGGAGAGUCCACAGGCCGCCAUGUUUAAGGUAAAGGAGAGUCCACAGGCCGCCAUGUUUAAGGUAAAGGAGAGUCCACAGGCCGCCAUGUUUAAGGUAAAGGAGGCCGCCAUGUUUAAGGUAAAGGAGAGUCCACAGGCCGCCAUGUUUAAGGUAAAGGAGAGUCCACAGGCCGCCAUGUUUAAGGUAAAGGAGAGUCCACAGGCCGCCAUGUUUAAGGUAAAGGAGAGUCCACAGGCCGCCAUGUUUAAGGUAAAGGAGGAGUCCACAGGCCGCCAUGUUUAA